GACGGGCCUGGGACGGGCCUUCUCCGGUCUUGGCCCGGCCCCAGGGGGAGGCGCUGCGAGGAAGGAGAGCGCCCGGAGCCGAGCCUGACGGAGGGAAGCGGGCCUCAUGGGGUGCUGAGGCGGCGGCGAGGAGAAGGGAGGAAGGAAGGAAGGGAGGAAAGAAGGAAGGGAGGAAGGAGGCAGGGAGGCGGAGGAGGAGAAGCCCACGCUCCCCAUGAGCCUCAACGAGCACUCCAUGCAGGCGCUGUCCUGGCGGAAGCUUUACCUCAGCCGGGCCAAGCUCAAAGCCUCCAGCCGCACCUCGGCCCUGCUCUCCGGCUUCGCCAUGGUGGCUAUGGUGGAAGUCCAGCUGGAUGCCGACCAUGACUACCCACCCGGGCUGCUGAUAGCGUUCAGCGCCUGCACCACUGUGCUGGUGGCCGUCCAUCUCUUUGCCCUCAUGAUCAGCACUUGCAUCCUCCCCAACAUUGAGGCCGUGAGCAAUGUGCACAACCUAAAUUCGGUGAAGGAGUCUCCCCACGAGCGCAUGCACCGGCACAUCGAGCUGGCCUGGGCCUUCUCCACCGUCAUUGGGACUCUGCUUUUCCUAGCAGAGGUGGUCCUGCUCUGCUGGGUGAAGUUCCACCCACUGAAGAAGAAGACAGGUGAUGGCAGCCGGGCUAGCAACUCUACCAUCACAGCCGGUGAGGCGGCGGCCAUUACUUCCACCACCAUCAUGGUUCCCUUCGGGUUGAUUUUCAUUGUAUUUGCGGUUCACUUCUACCGGUCACUGGUGACGCACAAGACGGACCGCCAGUUCCAAGAACUGAACGAACUCGCCGAGUUUGCGCGCCUGCAAGAUCAGCUGGACCACAGAGGCGACACCUUGCCGCCUCCAGGCAGCCAUUUUGCAUAACUCAAACAAAAAAAAACUAUGCCAAGAAUUCUUUUUUUAAAGCAAGUACAAAGUGCAAAAGUUUCUACUGUGUUCUCUUGACUCCCUUGUGCAUGAAUUUGGCUGGACUGUGGCAUUCUGUUUGGAAAGAGAGAUUAGUAGUACUGUACCCUAAGCUUUUAGUGCUGUUAAAAAUACAGUGAUCUGUUCAAGUAACGGUUUAGAGGUCUGAGACGGCACAAAUACCAGAGGGGGAAAUGUGCCAUGUUGCCCUCAGACCCUUUGUCUUCCCAGUUAUCACGAAGGUUGUUGUCUUUGAAAAGGUGAUUCCUUGGGGCAGGGGACUGAAAAAUGCUUUCUGAGUGGAAUAGGAUGAAAAGGAAGUUAGAGCCUUAGAUUGUUUAACAAGAAGGCAUUUUUGGGUGUCAGAUUUAUGGUCCACAACCUGAACACAAAUGAAGGUCUCCAGGGGCUAAAACCCCAACACAGCAGGAGUAAGAGCCAAAUAUUGAGCUACAUGUAUAUCAGGGAAGCACCAAUCACCUCUUAGCAAAUCACUUCAACUUCCAAGAUCUUUGCCUUUAAAAAAAAAGAAUGGUAGGCUAUGUUUCUAGUCCUUAUGGAUGCAAAAGUAUGUUUUUAAGCACACAACAGAUUUCUAGACUGACGGAUGAUAACCCUCUCAUGCUCCCAAAUCAUUCCCAUACUUGACAGAAGAGGAAUUGCAUGGUGCCAAAUAAGACACUCUGAACAAAUUGGCUUUUAGUUGCAAGAGUUAUGCAGAAUUGGGCUUUAGUGCUGGCAGACUCUGGAUUAUUCCUUGCACGUUUUUGGAAUGUUUCUGUUCAGGCAAAAGAAUAAUGUUAGAGAAAGAGAAGUGCAGAGAGGAAAAAAGACAUACAAAAGACACUUGACAGUAAAAGGCUGCACUCCUGAACAACCUGGCCUAAGGGUAAGGCCCAUUGAACACAGUGGGAUUUACCUUUAAGUAAAUAUGCAUGGGGUGGGGACAUAUGGAAAAUAGAGGUUAUUUUUCUCUGUUGGGAUGGGGAGUACAAUCCAGCAAGGAUGUUGUUCUCAGGUCACAAAGCUAAGAAAAUGUAAUACUUUGGAUUACAAAAUCUCAGUUCAAUAUAGUCUAUGGCUUUGGUGGCUGGAGAUUUUGGGAGCCCAGAAAGUAAAUUUUCCAAACUGUCAUCAGCUUGUAAGAACCCCGAUGGUGCAGUGGGUUAAACCCUUGUGCUAGCAGGACAGAAUACUGACAGGUCGGAGGUUCGAAUUCAAGGAGAGCGUGGAUGAGCUCCCUCUGUCAGCUCCAGCUCCCCAUGCGGGGGCAUGAGAGAAGCCUCCCACAAGGAUGGUAAAACAUCAAAACAUCAGAGCGUCCCCCAGGGAGUGUCCUUGCAGACAGCCAAUUCUCUCACACCAGAAGCAACUUGCAGUUUCUCAAGUCACUCCUGACAUGAAAAAAAUUGAAAAAUAUCCCCUCUCAAGCCAUGUUGCCCUUGCUUCACCCAGCAUUCUUGCAACUGUAGGGAGGAAUGGUAUACAUUGACAGCUGUGAUAUGCACUCUGCAAACAAGUUUAAAGAAAUACGUUUUCAGUGACAGCAGAUCCUCCCAUAAGGACCUUGGGAAGUGGGGUUAGGGGGAGCUUGGACUAGUAAAACUAGACUUUAUAUGAGUAAGUGCAUUUAGUUAACUGAGUUAAUUUAUUUUUAAUGUCAGAGUUAGGUCAUACAGUUAGUAGGAUGAACCACAGGGUCACAAAUGCAUAUGAACUUUUGAGUGCUGCACUCUCCAUAAAGCUAGAUUGGGAUAAGGAAAGUAUAGCUCACACAUGAGACACCCUCCCCCCUUUCCUUUGCUGUGACUGGUGCUUGGGGUGCUUUAUCAUUCUUAGGCCCCUGCAAACCUUUUGGCAAAUUAGGAAGUGGCCAGAAGCUUCCUGGUUUGAAAAAAAGCCCAGGAGAGGCUUCAUAAAUAUGAGUGAGGCUCACCUCUGGGCUGGAUGGCAUACAAACAUUGAGGCCAGAUGGAAGAAAUGUGGCCCAGAUGUUGUAGCUGUUAAGUUUACCGCUUAAAUAACAAACUGCAGACUUUGCAGAGAAGAAGCCAUGGGUGAGAAGGUUUCUGUUUACCCUUCAUGUUGUUUGCUGCGAUUUGAGGCCUGAAUUGUGAUUGUACAAAUCACAGAGUCCUGAUGUACAUUAAGGGCUUCCUUUUGCACCGUUUUGUGGGAGUUUGUUUUCCAGCUGUCACAGUUUGAAGCUAGCUUUGAACUGCAUUGAGUGGUCAGUCUGGAUGGGGCCUCAGAGAAAUACCCCCCAUGUUUUUUCUCCAGACCUUUAUGUCUCUACCUGGUGAUUGGAGGGAAAUUGACUCCUCAGUGCAGUCAAGUCUCUUUCUGGCAUGGAAAAUCUUUCUUCUUUGGUGGUAGAACCCGUUUUGGUUUUCAGAGGAAACCAUAGGGCCUAGUGAGCCAAGGGUUUGAUUUGCAGGGUUUUAUAUGUGCAAACAAGUGCCAGAUUUCACUUCAUCCCCAAUGAACCAUGAACACAGCUCUCCUGGGAACCCUUUGGGAUUUGGGUCAAAGAAAUAGAAUAAUGGUUUGAAGAGCAGCAUAAUGUCAGCUCAGUUCAUUGGGCUUCAGGGGGGAGAAGAUUUUUCCUCGUCUGCUUGAGCCUUUUAACUGAGAUUGAGCCUGGGGCUGUCUGCAGGCAAAUGGUGUGCUCCACUACUGAGUUAGGAGUCUUCCUUAGCAUCUGGAACUUGCGUGUGCCUCUGAACCAGAGGGAGGAUAGGUGGCAGGACAAUUGUCAUUGGCAAUCGUUUUUAAUCUGUUCUUCUUUUGGCUUUAUCACCUCAGAUAGACAGGGAAGUGUAGGAAAGGAAACUGUGAAAAAAGACUCCCAUGGAUUUAUUUAACGCCCGCAGGCCCCAACAAAUCACCAGAGAGUACAGGGCAGGCUGCUGGUUGAUGCUAACUGGGGCAAGUUCUUGAAACCUUUCUGUUGACAUAGGGCCCCUUAUUUUCUCAAAGGUAGGUAUAGCAAGGGGAAGUUGUAAUUUUGGACCACAGCUCCCAUGCUGGCUGGGGGAUUGUGGGAGUUGUAUUCUAAAGUGCAAUUUUCCCAAAAUGAUUUUGCCCUACCAAAUUAUGUCAACAUUGGGCUGGAUUUAGUGAGAUUUGCACUUUUGCAGUGAAGGUUGGGUGAAAUGACUACUGGAAUAUCUGGGGAUCAUUUGCUUCCUUUUUUCUGGGAGGGUUAAAAGGUGGUAUAUAUAGGUCUGGAACUGAGCAUUUUCUCACUGGGUUCCACUUUUGCUUUUGGGUUCUUCACCCUUAGUAUCUUAGGAAUAUGGUUAUAUCUUGGCUUUGUUUCUCUUCUCCUGGUCCCUAAAUUGUAGAAGCCCAAUGGGAACAGUGGUAGUUUCAAUAGGAAAGGUGUGUUGACUAUCUACCAAAACAGCAGGCCCUGUUUUGAAAGGUCAGUUGACUAGCCUUCAUUUAGGGAAUGGAAAGAUAUAGCGUCCUUCCACACAUCCAUAUAACCCAGAAAAUCCCACAAUAUUUGCUUUGAACUGGAUUAUCUGGGAGCCCUUCCAGACAGGCCCUAUAUCCCAGGAUCUGACCCCAGGUUUUCUGCUAUAAGUCUGCACUGCCAGACUGGGAUAAACAAAAAAACCUGGGAUCAGAUCCUGGGGUACAGGCCUGUCUAGAAGGGCCCUGAGUCCACACUGCCUUAUAUUCCAGUUCAAAGCAGAUGUGUGGUUUUAUUCAGCUAUGUGGAAGGGGCCAUAGACAGCUUGUGCUGCAGUUUGCUCCUGGAGCCUUUUCACACCAUGCAGUUGUAAUGCUAUGAUCCCACUUUAGUUGCCAUGGCUGUGUCCAUCAAGAAUCCUGGGGUUUGGAGUUUGGGGAAGCACUCACUGAGAAUUCUAAACUGAAGGCCACCCUACAGCAUUCACUGAGCUCCAGAAGUAAAUGCAGAAUAAAAAAAUAAGAAAACAAUUCUCAGAUUUUUUUAAAAAAAAUAAACCUCUUCUUCUUCUAGCCAAAGUGGCCAUUAUUUUAUAAAUAGUCCCCCCCCCCCCAAAGUGUGUGUGUAUGUGUAUAUAUAAGUACAUACUGAAUAAAGCAGAUGCUAUUACUGGAAUACUUAAGCUACUACCUGUGUUUUGAGGUCUUGGUCCUUAGAAGCAACCUUCCAUUUUUGCUUGGAAGAUAUAUUUGGGAUCUUUAAGACCGUUCAACAUUUGGAAUCGGUAAAUAUUUGCCUUUGAUGCACUGAAGACUUUUAUCUGUAGAAAUAUUUAUGAAAACGUAUUGGAAUGUGUUUUCUGCUCUUUGUUUGUUCGAAGCAAUCUUUGCUGCUUUGCUUUUGUUUUGUUUUUGUUUCGGAGGUGAGUUCCUUCUAGUGCCAAGGUAUUUGUGGCCUUUGCAAUUCUUUCUUGGGCAGCGUUCCCAGAGGUUGCAAUUGAAAGCUGGAAGCACUGGCUGUUUUUGAAUUGGAGAGUUAUUUCAGGAAGUGUGCGUGUUUGUACCUGCGCGCUUACUGGAAUAUUUUGGAAGAAAGCAUUGUGUUCUCCGAGGGCAUCUUGCUUGCCUUUGCAGAGUGGAAAUAAAUGUCCUCCCUUCCCUAUUUCCCUUCCCAUGCACUUUUCUGAAACAAAAAUCAACAGUUUUUAUGCCUUAAAGAAAAGGAGAUUUUUGCCAUUGUCGUGAAAGACAAUUUUGGGGAAAAUAUGAAAAAUGAGGUCCAACUCUGUACAGGUCUAUACCAGCCUAUUUCAGAGGGUUAAUACCAGAAAAAGGGGCCACGGUAGCGCAGCGAGUUAAACCGCUAAGCUGCAGAAUUUGCUGACCGGAAGGUUGGCAGUUUGAAUCUGCAGGAAAAGGUGAGCUCCCAUUGUUAGCCCCAGCUUCUGCCAACCUAGCAGUUCGAAAACAUGCAAAUGUGAGUAGAUCAAUACGUACCACUUCUGCGGGAAGGUAACGGCAUUCCAUACAGUCAUGCCAACCACAUGACCUAGGAGGCACCUACGGACAACACCGGCUCUUUGGCUUAGGAAUGGAGAUGAGCACCACCCCCCAGAGUUGGACUCAACUAGACUUAAUGUCAAGGGGAGAUCUUUACUUUAAUAUCAGAAAAUUUGGUACUGGAAGCAAAAAAAUAACAUGGAAAAAAUAGGGCUUGUUUCGCAGACCACAAAAAAGAACAGUUCGAUACAUUUUGGUAUUUUUAAAAAAAUCGAACUUUAUGCACUUGUGCAAUGAAACCUCCACACCGUGGAAGCUUUGCAUAAGUAAAGAAGAGCAUUUUGAACCUUGUAGUGAGCGCUUGAAGUCUUCCAAAAUGCAUUCCAGGCUGACUUGUCUUCCAUGAGCCUCUAGUUUUCCUUUUCCUUUCCGUUUUGGAGACCAGACCUUUAAAGCUAUGCCUUUUUUUAAAAUGUGAGGCUAUUUCUUUGCCCUCCCCUGUUCUCUCUGUUGUGCAGGACAUGAAAUCCAGUAGGUUUGGCUAGAGCAGAAUCCCACUAUUUCUCAACUUAAGCUGUCUUUAUUGCAUUAUUUACUGAACGUGAGCCAAAGGUUUGUGUUUCUCCAGUUACCCUUCACCAUCCUCCCAAUGCCAAUGCUGCCAAAAAGAACUUUCAGCCUGACAGAGGAUGAGGAAGGGGAAAGGGAGCUAAGUAAGUGUUUCAUUCUUUGCGGCUUUGUUAACUGAGGCAUGCUGGCAUUAGGAUACUUUCAUUUGUGAUAACUGAAGUUUUAAAAAAACCAUGCAAGACUUUCAAGAUCUUUGUGUUUCUUCAUCAGGCAUGAUGUUUUAAAAAGUGGGGAUGAAGGCAUCAAGUCUGUCCAGUCAAAGAUGCAAUGAUGGCGAACAGGGUAUGGGUAUUCAAAUUUGCCUUUCCCUGCGAUUCCAUGUUCUGCCUGGGAGUGUUCUUGAGGCCUUCUGGGGAAAAGAAACCAGGAGUGGUUGCUGUUCUCUCGGUUUUACUGUAGGCGAAACACAGCGGUUCCUUCGUCGGAGGCGAGGUCUAUCUUUGUAAGAGAUUAUGUUUCCCUGCCCAAGGCUAGAAAUAUCCCUGAAAUGGCUAGCUGUUGCAAUGACUGGUAUGUUUUAGAUACUCAGGUAGGAAGGAGCUGUACUUCAGUGGCAAGACAUCCCACUUCCAUCCUCCAUUUGCCGUUUGAGCAUACCACUAAAGAUCCAGGAAUGGAAGCUGGGAUAUUCUACAUGCAAAGGUGCUAAAUUAUGGUCCCUUCCCAUCAAUGUGUCUUCUCCUGUUGAGACUUGACCCAUCUUGAUAGGAAGAGUGACCUUUGCCUGCGCAUUUCAGUUUGUGGAAACAUCAUAGACAUUAAUGGAGGUGAAUCAUGACUGAGUCCACUCUACAUGAGUAAUGACCCCUUUUGUGCCAUAUGACACUCGCAAGAGUCCCAGCUUUGCUCCACAGGCAGCCCUGAUAUUGGAGAAUCUGAGUUUCAGAGAGUAGAGGUGUGCUGGCUUGAAGACAUACAGUCAUGUUCCCACAAGUACUAACUGCACCCCAUUCCUUGGUCAAGUAUAUACACAAUGGCUGUUCUUCCAGUGUCUUCUCGGUAUUGCUCUAGCAAUAAUGCCCAGGCUGUUGAGCAACCUAAUCUGAUUCCUAUCUCUGGCUCCAGAAGAGUAGCAAAUGCAAUAAGAGGGGGAGCAUUGUCUGCCCCAAGAACAUCAAAAUGUUCUUUUCCCUUGCUGGACUGGGGGUGGGAGGAGCGGGAGACAACAAGAAAACCAGAGUGGGUAUAACUAAUGGUCAUGUUGCCUGGAUGGGAGUUGUAGUCCAAGGCAUCUGGAAGAGAUCGAAUUGGGAGAGCUGUAUGACAGCUUUCUAGAGAUGGGGGUUUUUUUUAGUCCGAACCCUCCUCCCAGCCCCCUUGGAUUAUGCACUUUUUACAAGCUCAAAACAACAGAAGUUUUUUAUAUUUUAUAUAUACGCUUUCUGGGGACAUCUGAAUGUAAAGCUACCUUUUUUGGUAACAUGAAUUUUCAGAAGCUGUCCAGUUGAUAACACUGCAAAUACAACUGACCAAUCAAGUUGCAUCACAACGUGAAUUGGAUUCUACAUCAUUUUAUUUGGAAGGCAACUAUAACGGUGCCCUUUUAGUAGUAAGUUAUUCACAGGCAUCCUUUGAAAUGGGUGCAUGCUGACAUACAUAAUGGGAGAGUAAUGCAUGAUCCUUUUUACAAACACGAUAGUUCUGCCAAAGCUUUUUUAUUUUCUCUUCCAAGUUUAAGUGGGAUUGUGUUGGUAAUUCCUCUCUGUGCCCAGGGGAAAAAACUGUUUCUGCUAUAUCCUGGAAGGACUGAGUGGGGAAGUGUCGGAAAUAACCCAACGUGGUUCUGUUUUGCACGGUCUGGUUUGGGUUGUGUGCGUAUGUGUGUGUGUUUUUUUUUAAAUCACAUUUCUCUUGACGACUUUGUACCUACUCUUGUUUGAAAAUAAUGGCCCAGAUGACUAAAAAUGAAACUAGAAAAUAAAAAUUAUUUUUCCAGUUUA